UCAACAGCAGCAACAGACAGCCAGCCACCUCGGUAGCUUGCUAGCCAAAAUAGCUGAACCAAUAAAGCUCUUUAGACGCUUUAGUGUAUAUUAGCCACUGUGUUUUAAACCCUCGUCUGUCGUCUAGUUAGUUAUCCGUUUUCAUUUCAUAUUUACGGUGUUGUAGUUAUUAGUCAGUUAGCGGGCUGGUUAAGUUAGCAUUAGCCUAGCUAGCUAACAUCCCCGACCAUGCGGUCACUAAGCUACUCUCCUAAAGAAGAGGAGAUCUGCUGGACGAAGAAAGAGGUUAUGUGGCUAAACAUUGUCGUGAAAGAGGAGGAAGAGGAUGUCAAAAUACAAAAACAGGUAGACGGUGAGGCUGUUACAGUGAAAAAAGAAGAGAAAGACGUUUCAGUGAAAGAAGAGGAAGAUGCGUUCAGAGUGAAAGAGGAGGAGGAUGUUACAGUGAAAAAAGAAGAGAAAGACGUUUCAGUGAAAGAAGAGGAAGAUGCGUUCAGAGUGAAAGAGGGGGAGGAUGUUACAGUGAAAGAGGAGGAGAAAGAGGAAGAUUCUGUUUUUGGAGUGAAAGAGGAGGAGGGGGAGAUGACUGUCACAUUGGAGGAAGGGGAGGAUGAAGAUGAGGAAACUGGAUAUCUGGGCUCGGUUUCCCAAACGCAUCUUAAGGCAUCCAAUGGUUCUAACGAUGAACGGGCCCUGAUUAACACUAGAGAGAGACGUGACUAUCGUGGAUCCUCUGGGGAGCCUCAACAACCUCAUGAUGCUGACGAGGCAGAGAAGAGUCUCUCCACGUUGAAACACCAGCAGAGAACCACAGGGAAGAAAUCUCAUUGCUGCUCUGACUGUGGGAAAGGUUGCACAUCUUCAUCAGAAUUUAAAAUACACCAGAGAACACACACAGGAGAGAAGCCUUAUAGCUGUGAUCAAUGUGGGAUGAGUUUUACUACAUCAAGCCAUCUGAUUCGACACCAGAGAACACACACAGGAGAGAAACCUUAUAGCUGUGAUCAAUGUGAGAAGAGUUUUACUACAUCUUGCUAUCUGACUGUACACCAGAGAAUACACACAGGAGAGAAGCCUUAUAUCUGUGAUCAAUGUGGGAAGAGUUUUCCUACAUCUAGCCAGCUGACUUCACACCAGAGAACACACACAGGAGAGAAAUCUUAUAGCUGUGAUCAAUGUGGGAUGAGUUUUACUACAUCAAGCCAUCUGAUUCGACACCAGAGAACACACACAGGAGAGAAACCUUAUAGUUGUAUUCAUUGUGAGAAGAGGUUUCCUUCAUCUAGCCAGCUGACUUCACACCAGAGAACACACACAGGAGAGAAACCUCAUAGCUGUGAUCAAUGUGGGAAGAGAUACUCUGAUAAAAGGUGUCUGAUCAAACAUCAGAAAAUACAUACAUGAAGAAGUUAUUUCAUGAUAUCAAUGAAAUAAUGUCACAAUGUAGUAUGUUUUAACAUUGUAGAAGGAGUAUUUUAACCUGUUAGGGGUGCAGCCCGACACCGGUACACUUAUGAGAACAUCCAGCUCAAAGUGCAGGGCGCGAAAUUCAAAAUAUAUUUUUUUUUAAU